GAUCUACAUUGUGCAGUGGUAGUCAUUUGAAGAAUAUUUAAUUCAAUGCAACACCCGUUUGAAUAUAUUCUUAAGUCUAUUUAGAAUUAAAUAUCUAAAAGUCAAUGCUUUUCCGAAGAAAUAGAAAGAAUGUUCAGGUAGUAAGUACUUACAAUGAAGAUGAUCUUCAUCUUAUGCGUGAAGCGAAUUUAAACUAUGCGGCUCGUAUGGAGGAAAGAAGACAAACUAUUGCACUUCAACGAGCAACAAGACAGAUACAUCAUGAAGAAGUUCUUUCACGGGAUGAAUACACUACAGUUGAUAAGGAAAUACCGCCGUAUAGUGUGUUGCUUCAUGAGUAUCUAGAUAGAGUCUCGUUUGACUCGAGAUUUGCACCAUGUUUACGAAUAAAUCGAAAACUUGUAAACUCAGAAUUAGAACUUCAAAUCUCCAUUGAAGAAUUUAAAAAUUUUAAUUUGUUACCAACAUCAGUAAACCUUUGGGAAAUUUCACAUAUAGAUGAUUUAGAAUUUGAUGAUAUGAUUCCAUAUUUGAUUCAAGAGAACAGUGAGAUUGAUAUAACUGAAUCUGAACCCACCUACAUGCAUAUUCCCGAAUCUUCAUUAUUUCCCUACAAAGAUGAAAUUAUAGACAAUCAAAUCCAACCACCAGCAUACCUGUAUUAAUACGAUAAGAUUCAAGAUAAUUGAAUA